GGGGCGGCGGGCGGUGAGCGAGGGGCGGCAGCGGCCGCGGGCCGCCAUGACCUACACGGCCGAGCAGCUGGACGGGGUGCAGCGGAUCAAGCGGUGCCGGGAUUACUACGAGAUCCUGGGGGUGAGCCGGGACGCCGGCGAGGAGGAGCUGAAGCGGGCGUACCGCAGGCUGGCCCUCAAGUUCCACCCCGAUAAGAACCGUGCGCCCGGAGCCACCGAGGCCUUCAAAGCAAUAGGCAACGCUUUUGCAGUUCUGAGCAACCCUGAGAAACGGCUCCGCUACGAUGAACUGGGGAGUGACCACGAGCACGUCAGCACUGGCCAGGCCAGGCACUACAAUUACUACACAGAAUUCGAGGCAGACAUCACACCAGAAGAAAUAUUCAAUGUGUUUUUUGGUGGGCACUUCCCUACAGGGAAUAUCCACAUGUUCUCCAAUGUAGCCAGAGAUGCUCACUAUUACCCACGGAGGCACCGGGCUGAGAGGGCGUGGACACAGGAGCCAGAGGAGGAGGAGCACAGGCCACAGAAUUCAUACUCUGCAUUUAUCCAGUUGAUGCCAGUUUUCAUCAUCAUAAUAGUGUCAGUUAUAACCCAGCUGAUGGCCACCAACCCACCCUACAGCUUAUUCUACAAAUCGUCCAUAGGCCACGUUGUCAGCAGAGAAACAGAGAACUUGCAGGUGCCUUACUAUGUUGAUAAAAACUUUGAAAAGAAUUAUCAAGGAGCAGAACUUCAAGAGCUUGAGAAAACAGUUGAGAAAGAUUACAUAGACUACAUUCAGACCAGCUGCUGGAAGGAGAAACAGCAAAAGUCUGAUUUGUCCAAUUUGGCCAAGCUCUACAGAGAUGAGCGGUUAAAACAGAAAGCAGAGUCCCUGAAACUUGAGCACUGUGAGAAGCUCUCCAGUCUGAUUGGGAUGCACAAAGGGGGGUGACCAGGACGCACACCUUCCGUACUUUUAUUUAUUGCUGUUUUAACUUAGGUUUUUCUUUUCCUCCAUGUGAAAAGAAGGAGUCUGUUGUAAAGAGUCUGGAUACCGGAAUCCCUCUGCAGGCAGUGCAGAGAGGGGCCAGCACAAGCUGCAGGGCUGCUGUUUGCUGUAAUAUAUCCUGUACAUUAGAUUUGGUUCCAAGGACCAGUGGCACUUUGUAAAUUCAUUCCCCAGGACACGCUCUGAGCUCGGACCCCGUCUGCCUGGGUGCUUUGGCUGCCCUCCAGGCUGUGUGUGUUUCCCAGGAGAGCUGGCUCCUCACUGCUUCCCACCUUUCCUGUGGAUCUGCAGCUCCCUGGAUCUCCCGACAGCGCCUGCUGGGGCUGGGUGUCACCUUCCCCUGUCCCUCGGGGCUAUGCCGCAGAGCUGGGGUGGUUCCAGUGCAGGAGGGACAGUCCCUGCCCCAGGAGAGGCACAUUCCCAGCUCUCCGAGGGAGGGCUGUGCCCGUCCUGACCACCAGCAUGGGAGUCUGGGAAUUGCACCCAUUCCAGUGUCUGCCAGAUUGUUGGGAAAGCAGAACUGUGGUCAUUCCCUCCUCUGUUUCCAGUGGCAUAUUAUGAAGCUGGCUACUCCAUUCUGGUUUUUAUCUGCACACUCCCCCAGCUUUCCCCAGGGCCCUGCUUUUUUCCAGUACAGUUCUCAUGUAGCAUAUUUUUACUCUGUUGAGCAGCUAUGAAUGUUUCACUGUAGACAUGAUACUGCAAAGAAAAAGAUCCAUGUGGCAAUGUCCUGGUUUUUCUUGAUCCUCCUUCACGCAGCCAGGCCUUGAAGGGCAGGUUGAUGCUGGGUUGUCCUUUUGAGCAGCAGAGAGACCAGAGUUAGGCCAGUGUUAGACCAGAGUUAAGCCAGUGUUGCUCCAGCUGAGCACCAUGAAGCCCCCGAGGCAGGCUGGUGUGUGCCCUGCAUGGAAUGAGCUGCUCUUCCAGGGAAUUCCUGCCCGGGGUGGGGGCUCACAGAACAAGACUGCUCCCCUCUGGCCCUGGGAAUGGCAGUCAGGGACACCUCAGCAAGGCUCUGCUGUUACCACAUGCCUGAAACUUGAGUCACACAGGAUGCACAGGUGGCCUUGGCUGAAACCUAGGGAGUAGAUGUUCAAAAGCUUGGGAAAUGCCAGGAUUAAACCUGCCUUUAAAGCUCAGACUGUCCCUGUACUGGGCACUGGUGCAGUGCUGUAGAAGUCCCAGUGGAUGGAACUGGGGGUACCACAUUGUGUCCCGUCCAUGUCCCUGUCCCAUCCAUCAACAUUGGGAGGUUUGGCAGGAAAGGAUGCUGGAAAAAAAGAAACAAACUUUUCUGGGGUCUGCAUGAAGAUGAGGGGUUGAUUUGAGGCCUGGUGCUUCUGCACAUAAGCUCUAAACAUCCCAGCUGGGAGGAGAAGAUUCCAGGCACAGCAACAGUGCUGUAGUGGGAUGUCAUAAAAGGGAAAAAAGCCCCAACAUAGUGACUCUCUAAAUUGCAUUUUUACGCCCCAUUUGUAGGAAACCUUGUAGGAAUGGGGGGAAGUUGAGUUGAAUUUUUGGGACACCUGGAACAAGAGAAGGACCAGUGAAAAGGGCAUUUAGAGACUGGUGUGGAGCAUUCUUGGUGCAAGAUUUUAAGGGCAACAUUUGGUGAUGAUUCCAGUUUGGUGUCUGGCAAAGCAGGCAGCCUUAAUUCUAGUAUUUCCCACUUUGGAGCACGUGAGUGUACAAAAAGUGAAAAGAAUGUUGCUUUUUGUAUAUUAAAUAGCUUGUAGAAUAUAUUAGAAAUCUAUUAAAGUGGUUGGACUUCGUUGCAGGGUUGGGAUCUUCCCUGUCAUUCCUGUGAGGCUGUAGAGGGAUGCAGGUAAGGAGAUGAAAUCCAGUGACUUCCUGGACUCACAAUGUCCUGCACGGAGCUCAAACUCCUCCAUAGCGUUUUGCACUGAAGCCAGAUUGUUCCUUUCAUCCAAAGAUCUCGAGGACUUGAUGGAGACCUCCUGUGGGAAGCACAAUCAGUUAGGAAAUCCAGGAGGGAGGUAAAAGCAUCCCCAGAAGCAAUAAGUGUUUUGUUCCUAACCAGGGGCAGAGUGCUGUGAGGCGUGGGACCUGUGCGGUGACAAACAGGACAAGUAGUGUUUGUUCAGUGCUCCACAGGAGAAAGGAGAAUCCCCUCUGGAACCCCUGAUGUGGAAAUGCAUCGCUAAAAUAAUCCAAAGGGUACUUGGGAUUCUGUCUGUGGGGCUGUUCCUGGCUGCGCCAAGCGCUCGAACACGGGUUGUGUGUGUAUAUAUAUUUAUUUAUUUUUAAAUUAAAGACGUGACAUGGCU